AUGUGUGAUUUUAUUUCUGAACAAAACAAAGUUGAUAAAGAAUAUAGUGAAGACUUAAAGAAAUUUAUUGAAGAAUAUGAAAAAGAAUCAGUAAAGUUUUGGAAUAAAAAUUAUUUAGGACAUAUGAACUAUGAUUUAGGCAGAGCUUAUUAUGACGCUUUUACACAGACAAUUAAAUACAAUCAAAACAUUGUUGCUAAAGAAUCAUCUCCAUUUGCAUCUCAAUUAGAAAAAGAAUAUAUCCAAACAAUUCUUAAAUUAUUUAAUUAUGAUAAUGGAUGGGGACAUAUUUCAUCGUGUGGAACAAUAUCAAAUAUUGAAGCAAUUUGGAUAGGAAGGAACAAAUCAAAAGCAAAAGGAAAGAGACCAAGAUAUGUUCUAGCCCCAAACGACAAACAUUAUUCCAUAACUAAAGCAUGUGAUAUUCUUAACCUUGAACUAAAACCACUUUCAAUUGAUGUCAAUGUUCCACCAAAUGAAAUAGCAUUAAUUAUUUGUGUUUGUGGAACAACUGAAACAGGAAGAUGUGAUGAUAUUCUUUUUUGGAAGAAAUAUUGUGAAGAACACGAUAUUCAAUUACAUGUUGAUGCAGCUUAUGGAGGAUAUUAUAUAUAUUGUAAGAAAAGUCAAUACCUAACAGAAACAUCCCGUACUAUGUUAGAAAAUAUUAAUCUUGCAGACUCUAUAACAAUUGACCCACAUAAAUUAGGAUAUGCACCAUAUAAUACAAGUGUGUUAUUAAUUAAAGAACAAAAAGAUGUUCAAUACAUUAAUUCAACAAAAGAUGUUGCCUAUCUUGGUGUAACAGAAUCAUCAUUAUAUACACUUGAAGGAUCAAGAUCUGGUGCAUUUGCUGCUUCACUAUACUUUGGGCAUAAAUAUUUUCAUAAUAAAUAUCCGGAAAUAAUGGAAUCUAAUUUAAUAGGGGCAAAUCAAUUAAUGAAAAAAAUUGAACAAAGUGAAGUAUUUAAAUUAUAUCCUAUUCAUGAUAUGGGAUUAAUUCUAUUUACAUCAACAAAAUUACCAAUGUCAUAUUUAACUAAUAUGUUCUGUGAUAACAAAAAUAUUGAGAAGGAUAGAAUUCAGUUAGUAACUACUAAAAUAGAAGAAACAACAUAUUUUAGAGUAUGUAUUAUGGAUCCCCAUUUCAAAGAUUAUGUUAAUGAAUGGUUUGAAAAAUUGAUGAAAGAAUACACUGAAUAUGAAAAUAAUUAUGAAAAAUAUGUUCAAACAAGAUUUGAGAAUUUGCUUAGUAUAUCUGAAGAAUGUGACACAAAGGAAGAACUUUUAAAAAUGAUUCGUUCAGGAAAAGAAAUAAUAGCUUAUAAUGGAUUUGAACCAUCAGGAAGAAUUCACAUAGCCCAAGCCAUAAUAACAGUUUUAAAUGUAAACAAACUUGUAGAGAAUGGAUGCCAUGUUAAACUUUAUAUAGCUGAUUGGUUUGCACAAUUGAACCAUAAAAUGGGAGGUGAUUUAAAUAAAAUUAGAAUAGUUGGGAAAUAUUUUAUUGAAGUGUUUAAAGCCUGUGGUAUUAAUCGUGAACAUGUAGAAUUUGUUUGGGCAUCAGAAUUUAUAAAAAAAUCACCAAAGUAUUGGGAGACAGUACUUGAUAUUACAACUAAAACUACAUAUAAAAGAGCUAUAAGAUGUUCACAAAUUAUGGGAAGAAAAGAAGAAGAUAAUUUAUCAGUUAGUCAACUUUUAUAUCCUUGUAUGCAGUGUGCUGAUGUUUUUGAAUUAGGUGUUGAUGUUCCACAACUUGGAGUUGACCAGAGAAAAUGUAACAUGCUUGCACGUGAAUAUGCUGAUAAAGUUGGAAUAGUUAAACCAAUUAAUUUAGCCCACCAUAUGCUUAUGGGUCUUAAAGGUGCUAAAGCAGGAAAGAUGAGUAAGUCUAUUCCUGAUUCUGCAAUAUUUAUGGAAGAUGAUGAAAAUGAAGUUAACAGAAAGAUUAGAGCUGCAUUUUGUGAUGAUAAUAUUGAAGGAAAUCCACUUUUUGAAUAUAUCAAAUAUAUUUUAAUACGUUGGUUUGGUGAAAUUGAAAUUGAAGGGAAUGUUUAUAAAUCAAUGGAUGAAAUUGCUGAUCACUUUAAAGAUUUUGAUAAAAAGCUUUUAAAAGAAACUGUUGCAAUGUAUGUGAACAUGAUCUUACAACCAGUCCGUGAACAUUUUGAAAAACCUGGUAUGAAAGAACUUGCUGAACAAGUUCGUAGCUUUAUAGUAACUCGUUAA